AUGGGCACCACGGAGCAAUCGUUUCGCGUGCUCCAGGUGUCAAACAUUUCGCCGCAAGCGACGAAGGAUCAAGUCAAUCAACUCUUCACUUACCUUGGGCGGAUACAGGAGCUAAAGCUCUACCCAACCGAUCAAAAUAUGGCGUCAACGACAAUGCAAAAAUUCGCCUUCAUCAAAUUUGACGACGAGAAAGCCGUCGAAUUGGGCCAGCAUCUCACGAACACUGUGCUCAUCGAUCGGGCGCUGGUCUGCGUUCCAUCGAUUGAAAAUACGAUUCCCGACGAGCAGACGGUGAUGAGUACGGGUGGACCAGCGGUGCCCGGGCAACGAAAUCUCCCACCACAUCUCAUCAAUCGCAUCGAAACGGAUUCGGAUGGACACAAAAUGAAUGUGACAAUUGAUCCGAUGCUUGAACAACUUGGACUUCCGCCGUAUCCACCAUUGCCGGAAAACACUGAAAUGGGAAAGAUUGAAGAGAUUCGACGCACGGUUUAUGUGGGAAAUCUUCCAAAAGGUGUAACCGGACAGGAUGUCAUAGAUUUCUUCAACAUGAACAUUGGAGAGGUCAUGUACGUCCGAAUGACAACCGGUCCGGAAACCCUUCCCUGUGCGUAUGCGUUUGUCGAGUUCUCCGCUCAAUCCUCUGUAAUCAUGGCACUGCAGAAUAACAUGGUUUUGGACUAUGAGGGACGUUUGCUGAAAAUUCAACACUCUCGCGUUGCCAUCAUCAAACCGCAACGAAAGACGGCCGAUCAAGCUGUGGAAGAAAUCGAGGAAGCAAUUAGGAAAAAAGAAACCGGAUUGGCGUACAUGGCUGCCCGUUCCCGCUCACGGUCGACGUCAAAACGAAGGGAGGCGGAAAGAGAGCGACCAAGUAGACGAUCAAGGACACCACCAAGGCGACGCUCCCGUUCUCGCGAUCGUCGAAGCCCAAGCCGAAGCCGCAGAAGGGAACCGAAGAGAUCAAGAUCGAGAGACCGUGAUAGGGAAAGAGAAAGGGAGAGGAAACGAUCGCGAUCAAGGGAUAGAGACCGGCGUUCACGACGAUCUCGCAGCAAGGACCGAGACAGGAAGAGAAGCCGAUCACGUAGCAAAGAUCGUGAGAGGAAGAGAAGCCGCUCCAGAUCAAAGGAAAGAAGUGAUCGUAAACGGGACAAAGAAAAGAAGGAAAAGGAGAGAAAGAAGAGUCGAAGUCGAUCACCGAAGAGGAAAGAAUCCAAGCGUGAUCGCGAUCGCAGCCCCGAAAGGAAAAAGAAGAAAGAGGAGAAGAUCGAGAAAAAGACUAAGAAUGAGAGCACCGACUCGGAGGGUGAUGAGGAGAAAUCGUUGAGGGAGAAACUGUUGGAGAAAGCGGCACAUAGGAAAAGUGAAGAUGACGGCGGUUCGACCGGUGAUCAGCCAACGAAAAUCUCGAAUCAACGCAAACGUCGCGAUUCGGAUUCGGAU